AUGGCGACAACGGUUUCCACCUCUGCUGAGCAUGAGAGCAAGAAUGACAUCAACCUCACCAACGUGCCUGCCUCUGUUGCCGACGAGCUUGCCCAGGUGGGCUCAUUGACUGAGGUGGGCAACCUCGACGAUGUCAUCUUACAGGCCAACGGCCAUACACCGGCCUUGCAGCGACAGUUCAAGUGGCUGUCUGCCUUGGGAUUGGCAUUCUCAAUCACGAACUCAUGGAUUGGAUAUUUUAGUUGUUUCGGUCAGAACCUCAUAUACGGAGGGCCCCAAGUCGUCAUCUUUGCUCUCAUUGUGGCCUGGUUUGUGCAGUCCGUGAUCAUCCUGGGACUCAGCGAGUUGGCCUCGGCCUUUCCAAGUGCAGGAGGACAGUACCACUUCUGUUACAUUCUUGCUCCCGAGAAGCACAAGAGGUUCGCGGCUUUCGUAGUGGGCUGGAUGUCCAUGCUGGGCUGGUGGAUCGUGACUGCUAGUGGAACCUCACUCUCCGCAGUCUCCGUCCUUGGAGUUGCCCAUUUCUUCCACCCGGGUUACAUCCAACACGCUUACCAGGAAUGGCUCGUUUAUGUCGCUGUCGCAUUCAUCACGAUGCUUCCUCUCUUCCUGGCUCCCAAGAGAAUAAACCUCACGGUGCAAAUUACUCUCUACUCAUCCCUUAUCGGGGCAUUCGUCACCUUUGUUAUCGUGCUCGCCAUGAGACAGCAAGAGCAGCCGGCAAACUUCAUUACCCGCUCAGGUAUGGGAACCAGUGGAUGGGGCGAUGGCACUGCCUGGGUACUUGGUAUCAGCAAUGCAAUGUACACUUUUGGUGGCACUGAUGGCGUGAUACACAUCAGUGAAGAGCUGAUCGGACCCGGACGAAGAGUGCCCCAAGUGAUAGGCGCCACGAUGGUCAUUGGCCUCGUGACGACAUUGCCCCUUUUCCUGGCGCUGAUGUAUUGCGUCAAGGAUGUCGAUGCUGUCAUGAGCUCUCCCUUACCAAGUUUGGAGAUUAUCUACCAGGUAACUGGAAGCAAAGCGGCCACAUCAUUCUGCAUCAUCUGGCUUGUAGCGAUCUAUAUCCUUUCAUUGUGCUCACAAUGGGUAACCUCUGGACGAAUUGCCUGGGCGUUUGCCCGCGACGGUGGUGUUUCAUUUUCGACCUAUUUUGCCAAAGUUGACGAUCGCCUGGGAUUCCCCGUUCGUGCAACGCUGGCCUCGUUCUGUUUCGUCUGCCUAUACGGGCUGCUCUACCUUGCAUCGACCACGGCCUUCAACUCUAUCGUCACCUCGGCCGUGCUUUUCCUCAACAUCACUUAUGUGGUACCUCAAGGAAUCCUGCUCGUUCAAGGAAGGAAAAAGAGUCUCCCGCCACGCUAUCUCAAACUCGGAUACUUGGGAUAUUUCUGCAACAUCUUUUCGGUCCUGUUCAUUGUGUUGCUUGGUGUCCUGAUAUGCAUGCCGCCCAGUAUUCCUGUGGUUGUCCACAGCAUGAACUAUACUUCUGUCAUCCUUGUUGGGCUAUUCGCAAUCAUCAUGCUCUGCUGGUUUACGGUUGGGAGGAAGUUUGAGGGGCCACACAUUCAGUGGGAUCUGAUCACAGCCGCCAAUGCCGUUGCAACAACCAAGACUUCGCAUGCGUGA